GCAGCCGAGGGACCUGGGGCGGCGGGGGGCCCUGCCCCUCUGCACGUCAGCUAACCAACCGCGGUUGCCCCAGAGUUUGGGUGGGCUGGCGCUGGGCCGGGUGCUCAGUAGAAGGAGCGGGGAUUGGGCCUGUUCGCUUGUAGAUUGCAUCCCUUGAUAAAAGGUUUCAAUGACGUGCCUCAGCACAGAAGAGUCAUGCAUUUAUCUAAAAUGAAGGUUGAAAAUUGCGGAGCUGACCUGGAAACCUGUCUUUGGCCUCUGUCCUUUCUAAGGAAGUCACCUUCCAGAGCCCGCCCGCACAGAACUGGCAGGGGACCCUCUUAGGAGCCGAGAAAAUGGCGAUCUUCAGGCAGCUGUCUCUGGGUGCAAAGGCUGCCCUGGCUGCCGGCACCGUCUUCGUGUCCAUGAUCGUGUCCCGCUCCUAUCUGGCCGGGAGCCUUGAGCUCGGGGCCUGGCGGUGGCUGUUCCGCCUGCAGCUCGCCCUGUUUGCCAACUCACUCAUGCUCAUUGGCUCCCUCUACAUCUGGCGUAGCGCGGUCAGCAACCUCAGCCACUCCCCAGCCGCAGAGUCCGCCUGUUUUCAGCUUUGGAAGAUGGCUGUCAUGGCAUUUCUGGCCCUGGCCCAUUCCAGUUUCUUCACCAUGCUCUUUUUAGUGGCCGAGGAGCCAUAUCUCUUUUCCUUGGCAGCCUACUCCUGCCUCGGGGCAUACGUCAUCAUGGUCUUCUUCCUCUGUACCCUCAGCGGCAUGGAGCAGGCCUACCAGCUGUUGGCCUGGCGCAGCGGUAGGGUCGUGGGCAGCCUCGACAAGACAAGGAGGCUGGCAGUCAGGCCGGCCCUGGCAGUGGCAGUGACCACUGUGCUCAGCGUGGCUGGGCUCCUGAACGCUGCCCGGCCCCCGGCUGUGAAAACCGUGCGGGUGCCCAUCCAUCAGCUGCCCGCCUCCAUGGAUGGCCUCAAGAUCACGCUUCUCUCAGACAUUCACUUGGGCCCCACGGUGGGCAGGACCAAGAUGGAAAUGUUCGUGAGGAUGGUGAAUAGGCUGGAACCAGACGUCACGGUGAUCGUGGGUGACCUCUGUGAUUCCGAAGCCUCUGUCCUCCGUACGGCCGUGGCUCCUUUGGGCCAGCUGCACUCCCGCCUCGGCACCUAUUUCGUCACGGGGAAUCACGAGUACUACACGUCAGAUGUCAGCAACUGGUUUGCGCUGCUGGAAUCCCUGAACGUCAGGCCACUGCACAAUGAGAAUGUGAAGAUUUCAGCCACAGGGGCCCAACCCGGGGGUGGUGAGGGCGAUGACUGGAUCUGCUUGGCCGGGGUGGACGAUAUUGAGGCAGACAUCCUGCACUACUACGGCCAUGGCAUGGACCUCGUCAAGGCCCUGGGAGGCUGCAGCCCACACCACACCACCAUCUUGCUAGCGCACCAGCCCCUGGCUGCCAAGAGAGCCCUGCAGGCCCGGCCAGACAUUAACCUGAUUCUUUCUGGGCACACACAUGCUGGGCAAAUCUUCCCCUUGAACGUGGCAGCCUAUCUCUUGAACCCCUUCUUUGCUGGCCUCUACCAAGUGGCCCAGACUACAUUUGUGUAUGUCAGCCCAGGCACAGCCUACUAUGGAAUACCCAUGAGAUUGGGUAGCAGGGCAGAGAUCACCGAGCUCAUCCUGCAGCGGGCUCCUUGAACCUGACCUUGCCUACCUUGGCUGCCUCUUCAGUGCCCUUGCCUUCGCUAUCCAUCCCUCUUUAGAGCGGGUUGCCUGCUUUACCCCCUCCAGCCUCUCCUGCCCAGCCCUGCCAAUACCUGCUUGGCCUGGCUUGAACAGUGAUAUGUGCUGGGGCUGCCUGGCAAGUUCAGGCUGGUUUACUCUGUAGAUGGCCAGUUACUUCCUCGUAUGUAUCUGUGGGGCCACUAAAGCCACCCAUGUAAGAAUGA